GCCGCGACGAGUUCGACGAGCGCUGGAUUCGCGUCGCGCCACUCUCGAUGAUCCAUCUUCAGCGUGUCCUCGUCGAUCCACGCGCACUCGUCCUUGCUGCGAGUGUCGUCCUGCCACCCGUCGUGUUCGACCUCUUCGCCGUCGUGCUCGAACCCGACGACGAGUCUCAAAUCGCUCCAUCGCGCGACGCGCAGCCUCACCCUCGACACGUCGAACGCGUCGCCUUCGAUCUCGAACGCGGUCUCGAACGCGCCCUUCACGAAAUGCUGCGCGUACACCACCACGCCGUCGCCUUCGUAGCGCGGCGUCUCUUCUUCGCGCGCGACGAGAUCGUCGGAACCCAACUCGAGCUCGCCGAGCGUCUCCUCCUCGUCGCCGACGACUUUCGCGAACUCGAUGACGUUCUGGUCCGCGAACUCUGGAGCGUUGAGAUGCACGAGGUCGUCGAUGUCGUAAAACUCUGGCACGCGCAGACGCUCUGGAAUGUUCCACGCGUCGUCUACGUCGCCGCCCCACCCCACGCCCAGAGAGUGCACGCAUCGCGUGAACAGCGCCUCGCCCAUCUCCAACCAGAAGUGUCCUUGCUCCUGCGUGAUCGUUCCCACGACGUGCUCGCCGCCGUAGCGCGACGCGCGCGCGACUAUCCGCGUCAUGACGCGGAUACAGUACGUCGUCUACCGCAUCUCGCUCAGCCCGCGCCGCGCCGCUUCUUCACGGGGAAACCCGGCGGUGCGUGGCGAUGUGUCGUCGUCGGACGACCUCGGACGGUUCGAAGAGGACGAAACUUUAGCGAAGGUUCAACUCCGGUCCGUCACUCACACGCGCACGCGCACGCGCCGGACGAUGCCUUCGACCGCGCCGCCCACCGCGCGUCGCCGCUAGAAGGACCAACCCUCCUCCCGCCUCGCCUCCGCCCGGCGGCGGGCAUGUCGUCCUCGCACCACGACGCGCGCCCGCCGCACUCGCGCCUCUUCGUCGUCUGCGGCCGCGGCGUGCGCGAGGACGAGCUCGAGAGUUUCUUCGCCGCGCACGGCGAGAUCCAGUCCGCGCGCGUCGUCGAGGCCAAGGGCGUCGCGUACGUCAAGUUCGCGCUCGCGUCGUGCGCCGCGCGCGCGGUCGAGACCCUGCGCGACGCCGGCGACGGCGACGGCGACGGCGGCGACGGCGGCGGCGAGGUGGGCGCGUCGUGCCGAGCGUUCCUCGGCGGAUGCGAGCGAUCGCUCCGCGUCCUCGUCGCGGACGACGGCGGAGGGAACGACCGCGCGACGGCGGCGGCGGCGGCGGCGACGAACAGCGGCGGCGGCGACGGCGCGUCCGUCUCCGAGCGCGAGCGCGGCGGCGGCGGCGACCUCGCGCUCGACCCGGACGACGACCCGCCGCGGUCGCGCCUGUUCGUCGUGUGCCCGAAGGGCACGACGCACGACGUCGUCUCCGGCGCUUUCGCGGAACUUUUACGCGGAUUCGCGGAUCCGUCGGAGGACGCGGAUACCGUCUUGACCAGCGUGCGCGUCGUCCCGCACAAGGGCGUCGCGUUCGCGAAGUUCGCGCGGUCGUCCACGGCGCUGCGGUGCAUGGAGGCGGUCGCCGCGAGCGGGACCCUGGGCGGCGUGCGCGUAAAGUGCAUGCUCGCGGAGCGAAAGUCGACGACGGCGGCGGCGAUGGCGGCGGCGGCGGCGGCGACGGGAGGCGCGACCCCCGCGGGGUCCAACAGCAGCCAGCACACCCCGGCCG